AUGCUGCUCAGAGGAUUACGAGCCUGUGCUGAACGUGCCUCGAAGUCGCGCACGACAAACUUAGAUCGAAUUUCGAAGACCACCAAGGAAUUGUUAGGAAGAAGAAGGGCUUUGAGGCUUGAUCCGAAUGCAUCGCACAUUGAGCGGUUAGUAGCAAACACUAGCUGCAGAAAAGCGUUGCAGGAGGAUCUUUUAAAGUACAGGCAGAAGAAGAUUCUAGAAGCAGCACAAAGAAGAACGUGUCUAAAGAAGUGCCGCAGGGAUCUCCGCGAAUAUAAAAUUCCGCUAGCAACCUUGCUGAGCGAAGACGGGACUCGCACGUCUUCUCGUCGUGAGAUGGAAAUCAUUACGGAGAGGUUCUACUCAAACCUUUUCCGUUCAUCAGCUCCCGUGUCAAGCCCAAUCAUCCCCACUGGCGAAGCUCCACCACGGAUUCUCCCUUCGGAAGUACGAGUCGCUAUCAAGAGCAUGAAACCUGGCACAGCCCCCGGACCUGAUUUUAUAUCAGCAGACUUUCUUCGGGCUGGUGGCCAUCCGCUUCAUGUAAUCUUAGCAGCGCACAUGACAUCCUAUCUUCAGAAAGAAAGGAUCCCAGACCAGUGGAAGACCUCGCAAACCGUUCUUAUCCAUAAGAAAGGUGACCGAGAGGACCUCCGAAACUACCGUCCGAUAUGCUUGCUGAGCGUGUUGUACAAAAUAUUUACCAAGAUCAUCCUCACACGCAUAUCUAGGACGCUGGAUGAAGCCCAGCCUCAAGAACAAGCUGGAUUCCGCCAAGGGUUCAGCUGCUUGGACCACAUCCAGACCGUGUCGAGGGUCAUAGAGGUUUGCCGGGAAUACCGCCUGCCCCUUGUUCUAACCUUCGUCGACUAUGAGAAAGCCUUUGACAGCGUAGAAACGAAUGCAGUACUGUCAGCGCUGGUCGAUCAAGGUCUGGACGCGUCGUAUGUGAGGACAUUAGCCAAUUGCUAUGAACGAUGCACGACUAGGAUACAGCUUUUCCACCGCCCUCUCACCAUACCCAUUGGAAAGGGGGUACGACAAGGCGAUACUAUAUCGCCGAAGAUGUUCACGGCUGCAUUGCAAUGGAUAAUGAAAUCACUAUCCUGGGAAGAAAGGGGCAUACGUGUUGAUGGAAGAUUUCUCUCGAACCUUCGUUUCGCGGACGACAUCGUUCUCUUUUCGAGCAGUACCAAUGAAGCAGAAACGAUGCUCAACGAAUUGAACGAAGCAGGGAAGAGAAUAGGACUACGAAUAAACAGAAAGAAGGCACAGUUCAUGAAGAACGCCCACUGCGAGGACGGAGGAGUACAACUUGAAGGCUCCCAAAUCGUGGAAACUCCGUCAUACGUAUACCUCGGACGUUCUAUGAACAUGGAAAACGACUUGAAGGAAGAACUGAAUAGAAGAAUGAGAGCAGCAUGGGCAGCAAUCGCAGCCGUCAGGGAAUCUACGGGCCAACUGACGGACCAAGAUCUCCGUGCCCAUCUGUUCGACUCGACAGUCCUUCCAGCGCUCUGUUACGCAGCGGAGACACCGCGGCCACGUCUAGGAAGCUACUUACUACCCACAAAGCCCUCGAGAGAUGUCUCCUGA